AUGGGUGAUAAAAAAGUUGAUUUGCUAAAUGAGAAUAACGUUUCUGGCUCGGAGUCCUCUUUGUGCGAUUUGGGAGAGUCGUGGUGCAGGGUACUUCUCCAAAUAGCGGCCUCCUCGUCACCAAUUCUGGAGCUGCCACCACUGUCGGACCUCGCCGAAGAGAGUCCGAUGGAACCAGGAAAAUCCCUACUGACAACCGAUACCAAGAAAGAUUUGAGCCCAAAACCAAAUCAGGUCAGCACAGUGAUCUUAUAUGGAGUACCAAUAGUAUCUCUGGUGAUUGAGAAUCAAGAAAGGUUAUGUUUAGCCCAAAUAUCGAACACAUUAUUGAAGCAGUUUAGCUACAACGAAAUACACAACAGACGUGUAGCUUUAGGUAUAACAUGUGUGCAAUGCACGCCAGUUCAGCUGGAAAUUCUACGUCGCGCAGGUGCAAUGCCGGUUUCCUCAAGAAGAUGUGGAAUGAUCACCAGAAGGGAAGCAGAACGUCUGUGCAAAAGUUUUUUGGGCGACAAUGCCCCACCAAGGCUACCAGAAGACUUCGCCUUCAUGGUACAUCACGAAUGCGCUUGGGGCUGCCGUGGUCAAUUUCUGCCAUCGCGUUACAAUUCAUCCAGAGCGAAAUGCAUCAAGUGUUCAAUGUGCGGUCUUUUCUUUUCUCCCAACAAGUUCAUUUUUCACUCUCAUCGUCUCUCAGCGAAUGACAAAUAUGUGCAGCCAGACGCUGCCAACUUUAACUCUUGGAGACGUCAUAUGAAGCUGAGUGGAAGCCCACCAGAAGAAAUUGUCCAUGCUUGGGAAGAUGUGAAGGCUAUGUUCAAUGGUGGUACGCGAAAGAGGCUGCUGGCUAAUUCGAUAUCGGAGAGUCCACAGAAGCAGGCCAAGAUUGAGCCUCAACCUCAGCCAAUCGUUCCUUCUCCACGUAUACCCAGCUGUCAAGAUAUUGCCUUUCCGAUAUCUAGAGUAGCAAUGGACUUCAUCUACCACAAGCCCCUAGCGUUCACUUCGUAUUCGUCUUUCCCUUGGCUGAAGAGGAAUCCCAUUCUUUUUCCACAAGAAAAUCCGUUCUUUUCGAUGGAGAAGAGUUACCAAUCUGCCUUCAAGCCUGUGCAGAGUAUUAUGGAUAAAUCUACUGAGGAGAAAAAGGAUGAGAGUGAUGACGAAGUUGAUAUCGAGACAACUGAUGAUAAGACGAUGAACUGGGAUCUGAAGGAAGAAAAGACGCCACCAAUGAAUGCUGAUUUGGUGAAAGACUUGUCAUCUACACCUAGAGAAGAACUGGCAAGUUUCUCUCACAGAAUAUGGAAUUUAUCCAGACUUUCAUUCGAUGGAUCUGAAAGAACCAAUUUCCUCUAUCGUCAAGAUGUCCAGCGGCAUUUCGCUUUAGGAUCCCCAGAAACAUCUCUAUCAAGGAGCACCCACGCUUCAGCAAUUGACGUCAAGAAUAAUUUAGAUUGUACGAAAUGCUACGAUCAGAAUAACAUUAGUCAGUUAUACCAGUCGAAUGAACCCACUGUCAAAAUAACAUAAAUUGAUUUUAUUAAAUUUUGAUUGAGGAGUAACUUAAGGUGCAAUGCGUUGUUAAAGAACAACUUCGGUUAUUACAUUUAAAUAUUACCUUUGAAUAACAUCUUUCAUUAGCGAACAU